AUGGCAAGCGGUAGUGGACCCCCAGAGCAACGUUACUCUGAUAGAGACAGAUUAGAAGAAUUUCUAAUUAAUCACGUUCUUGAAACAGUUGGAAACUAUUUUGCGGAGAAUCCUGAUCCUGUCCGUCAAGAGAAUUAUAAUGCUCAAUUACGUAUUAUCGGAAGAAGCGUAAAUGAUGUAAGAAACAAUUUGAUGCGUGGAAAUCAAAAUCAUGGAAAUCAUCCCAUGUUUCGUCAAGAUAUAAAUAAAUUAAUAAAUCUGAAUUCGAACGUCACACAAAUAUUGUCGGAUGGCGGAAGUUAG